CUCUUCUCCGUUGUCUGGUCCCUUACCUCUGCUUCUGCUUAUGGACUUUGCCGCCAAUGACCGUCGUCCCCACCGAGCAGCCGCUUGACGUCAGCGGCUCCGUUACUGCUCGAAGCCAGCGGCUGCUGACAAGCUCGUGAACAUUGCCUUUCAUCGGUGAGUUUGUUCGUCAGUUUGUCGAGCUCAAUUCUAGCUCAAGUUCGAGCUUAUUCACGAACUCCUUUGAGCUCCAUAGAAAUUCGAGCCUACAGAGCUUCAUCUCCAGCCAAGCAGGGAAGAGAGACUGAGGAGCCCAUCCUCCUCACCCCCCAGAAAUUCACCUCUAGAACCUUUGGAAACUUCACCGAGAGGGAUUUCUUCUUCUUCCCUUUCGUUCUUUGUUCUGGGGGUUUCGGGGAAAAGAAACAGAGGACGAAAGAGAGAGAAGGAGGGGCGACGGAAGAACAAGAAGGAAGGAAGGAUAGGUUCGGGAAGCCUUCUAGUUGGGCUUGAGUUCGGUUUGGGCGAAAAAAAAAAAACAGAGCUGAGGAACGGAGCUGAGGAAGAAUCGAAGCAGUGCUGGAGGCUAGGCUUGGAAUUCCGGUUAAGUUUGAAGAUCUUUGAGAUGGUGGCCAUAUAUCAGGAAUCAUUCUGCUGGCAUAACAGAAGUUUGUUGCUGGAUUUGGGUCAUUAAAAAUCAGUUUUAGCCUCGUCAUGAGGACAUUCGUUCUUCUCUCAGUUGACUCGUCAAAAUUCUUCUUAGUAACCAGCAGCACUCAGUGAGCAAUUGUCACAGAUACUAGCUAAUAUGGAAGGUUUAUUCUAUACAUUCCCUCAACACUGGUGUUUGAGACCCUCUCUCUUUGUCCCCACAAAAUCAUGCCACAUUCUUCGGUUUCCUGAACUGAAAAAUCGAUCUUCCAAUCAGCAAAGAAAAUUGAGUCUUCUGGGGGGAGCUUGUCUCAGCUCAUCUAGAAGUGAUGCUAUCACCACCUCGAAAGUCAUGCGUAACGAUGCUGAGGAGGAAGGUGAUUCUGACUGGGAGCUGGAAUUUCUCGGGGAGCUUGAUCCGUUGGCUUUUCAAGCCCCGAAGAAGAGGAAGAAACAACAAAGGUCAAAGUUGCUUGAAGACACUGAUGGUAUGGACUGGUGCCUUAGGGCUAGAAAAGUUGCCCUCAAAGGUAUUGAGGCUCGGGGCCUUUCUCAAACCAUGGAAGACUUAGUUUCUGUCAAGAAGAAGAAGAAGAACAGAAAGAAAAAGACCAAGAUUAAAGAUAAAUCCACUAAAAUGAAUGACACGGAUGAGGACAAUGACGAUGAUGAUGAAUGGAAUUUAGAUUAUGGACCAGAUCAGGAAGGUAUUGAAUCAGAGGAUUUGGGGGAUGAGGACGCUCAAAUUGGUGACAUUAUUACUGGCGAUGGUAUGACUGAUCUGAGGAAAAAGGUGAGUUUGAUGGCCGGUGGGAUGUUUGAAGAGAAAAGGGAGAGUAUUAGACAAAAAUUUGUUCAGAAGCUGUCCCAGUUCUCAGGACCCUCUGAUCGUCGCAAAGAAAUCAACUUGAACCGGUCAAUUGUGGAUGCACAGACCGCUGAAGAAGUCCUCGAGGUUGCCUCCGAGACGAUUCUUGCUGUUGGAAAAGGUCUGAGCCCAUCUCCUCUCUCCCCGUUAAACAUUGCCACUGCUCUGCACCGAAUCGCUAAAAAUAUGGAGAAGGUUUCCAUGACAAGCUCAAGGAGAUUGGCCUUUGCUCGUCAGAGAGAGAUGUCAAUGCUCGUUGGCCUUGCUAUGUUGGCCUUACCCGAGUUCUCGGCUCAAGGAAUAUCAAACGUCUCAUGGGCUCUGUCAAAAAUCGGUGGCGAACUCCUUUACAUGUCAGAAAUGGACCGGGUCGCUGAGGUGGCCUUGACUAAGGUCAGGGAGUUCAAUUCUCAGAACGUUGCCAAUGUAGCUGGUGCAUUUGCCUCGAUGAGGCAUUCUGCAUCUGAUCUCUUCUCGGAGUUGUCCAAGAGGGCAUCUGACAUAGUCCACACGUUCCAGGAACAGGAGCUUGCUCAGCUGCUUUGGGCAUUGGCUUCUCUAAAUGAGCCCGCUGACACUGUGCUGGAAUCCCUUGAUAGUAUCUUCAAACACUCCAGCCAGUUUCGGUCUCACCUGAGCAAAGGGGAGGUCUCAGCCUCAGACAAAAAUGGAGCACUGCUAGACACUUCUCCUGUUCUAAAUUUUGACAGGGACCAGCUUGGUAACCUUGCGUGGUCCUAUGCAGUGCUAGGACAGUUGGACCGGUCAUUCUUUUCACACAUUUGGAAAACCCUACAGUGCAGCUUCGAAGAGCAAAGGAUCUCUGAACAGUUUCGGGAAGAUAUAAUGUUUGUUUCUCAGGUUCAUCUUGUGAACCAGUGCUUGAAGCUCGAGUACCCCCAUCUUCUUCACCUAUGCCUUGGGAGCGAUCUCGAGGAGAAGGUUGCCUGUGCUGGGAAGACCAAAAGGUUUAAUCAGAAAGUAACUUCAUCCUUGCAAAAAGAAGUUGCUCGAUUACUUGUAAGCACGGGGCUUGAUUGGGUAAGAGAGUAUGUUGUUGAUGGGUACACAUUGGACGCAGUUUUGGUUGAUAAGAAGGUUGCUUUGGAGAUCGAUGGCCCUACCCAUUUCUCACGGAAUACUUGGGUUCCUCUGGGGCACACCAUGCUGAAGCGCCGGUAUAUUACGGCAGCGGGUUGGAAGGUUGUGCCAGUAUCACACCAAGAGUGGGAGGAGAUUCAAGGUGAGUUCGAACAGCAAGAAUACCUGAGAGGAAUUCUCCAUGAUCAUCUGCAAUAGGGGCUUUUCCCCUGCACGACAUGAACAGCGGAGGCGGUUCUCUUACAGUUGCCUCAGCAAGUUCAUUGUAUAAUGGUGAUGUUAGGGAACAAUAUACAUAUGUUGUUACUACUUGUUAGGGAAAUAUAAAGGGGGAUUAAGAUCAACAAUUUCACACAAAAGUCUCAGGAUUGUUCCUGAAAACAGAGUGGAGCUCGUGCCAUGGUUAGUUGCUACCAGCAUUUGACGAAUUAAAACAGCAAGAAGGUUCACCUACGUCGGGUUCUCUGACAUUGACGCUAGCGCCUUUUUCGAGUGCUGCAGAAGAAGAGGAGAUAAAUCUUUAUCUUUACUGUAAACUAAAACUCUUGUUCAAGUGCGACGCAUUUCAAGCUACAAAUUUUUACCUCUUUUUA